CUAAAAUUGGGUGGUGGCUCAUUGGCUCUCCCCGCGCCCCCCCACAACCACAUAAUUCCCCAAAAGGGAAUAGACUUCGGGCCCCCUCCCUUUGGACUGGUUCUCCAAUGCGGAGAUGAAGUGGAUGGCCCAUGGGGCAUUGAGAUGGGGAGAAGCAUGCACGCGUGCCGUGGCGCACCGCACCGUGUCCCUGGCAUCAUCUCUCGAGUUGGGCUUGCGCCAGAGACAUGCAGUUGAUCGCAAAUCCCAAGCUUCGGUUUUACAAGUAUUUUUAUGAUAUCCGGACUGGUGUUCCAUUCAUUCCUUGCUCCUGCUGGCGGUUGACAAUUUCCCCCAUCUCCAUCGUCCAAUUGCUAGCUUUAAGGGCUCCCCCUGUCUUGCCGCCGCCUGUCAAUCGCUCCCGGCUUCAGCGACGCCGCUCCAUCCUGUUGCCGCCGCUGCCUGCAGGUGCACGACAACACGGACGACAGUUUGACACCACAGCAAGGAAGGUGCCCUUCGUUGCGACCUCCCGUCUGUUUGUGCCGUCAAUGGUCAAAACAGCAAGACCCACUCGUAGAAAUCUCCCAUUUCCUGCUGUUGUUGUAUGCAUGUACCUCGUGCCUUCUCUCUUUAUUCCCCUAGUUCACACUGUUUUUCCCGACUACCACCGACCCCUUCUUCCCCGCCUCCUGGGUACUCUACUCCUCCCCCUCUGUUGGUCCCGACUCCCCACGCGUCCCAAUUGUCCUGCCCCUGUCGUCUGGUAUUCUCCGCCUUUACCUCAUUGCUCAUCCCGUUCCUUCCUCCAUCUACCUCUUUUCUCCUUCCUCCUCACACGGCGCCUACCCACCUGCAUUUACCCAACCUUGGUCUGAUCCGAUUUCCCCAUUCUGGGCUGGAUUGGACUUCCGCGGGCGCGCGCUUUGCCAAAACUUACAAAUUCGGCUGGACUGGUUGGCAGCAAACCCGGACGUAGGUAGGGUGCACACAGACUCGCAUCGCACCCAAUCGUCGACAAGACAGCCCCACAGCUACUCCGUGUGUUGUGAGCGACUGCCCUCCACUCCCGCUUCCAGCUGGGCUGCUUUCCCCGCUGUGUUACCUACUCCUCUGUCAAGUAGUCGCUCAGACGCCAUCUUCCCGCCCCGGCUACCAUUCGCCUCCACCUAGCUCCUUGGGCGGUCGUCGUCGUCGUCCGGUUGCUGUUGAAUAGCCUCGUGCUCGUUGUUCUCA